AUGAAGCAUAUAGAAGAAACACUUUCAAAAUAUCCAAAAGUUAGAAAAAUUAUUAAUCCAAAAACUGUAAUAUAUAUAUGUGAUAAACAAAUUCGUCUUAAUAAAAACUAUGAUCCAGAUCUUCUUGAACAUCAUGUUAAAAUUCAAGAUCCAAAAACUCUUCUAAAAAGAAAAGUUUGUAUUGGAUUAAAUGAUGAAAAAGUCAAACUAUACUUAUGUCAUAUAGGUUUGAUAACUAUAUUUGGUGGUGCGCCAUCUCUAGAAACUAUAGCCCAAGAAUUAUUUGGUGAUAAAAUCAAGUCAUCAUUUCAUUGGAAGGAUUUAAAACAAGAAGAAAAUAAUCGACUUAUAAAUGCUUUACAAUCACAAGCAAAAUGGAUAAAUGAUAGUACAAUGUUUUGUGUUAGAAGUACUGAUUGUUUAAUAUAUGUUGAUGGAAUUAAUGAAGUUU